AACUGCCACAUCACAUUUGAACAUCCAAGUUGGCUUUCCUUCCGCCGCUGCUUAUAAAAUCAACUCGUUAAGACUAUCGAAAAUCGCGCUCUUCGAUUCCCAUUGCAUAUCUCCUCCCCCAAAUCUCUCCUCUAUCAAUCUCGCCGCGUCUUCUUCUCUUACUCGGAUUCCUCUUUUUCCUCCGCCGCGGACAUUCUUGCAAGAAAUUUAGUGGAAGAGAGGAGGCAGUUGUUGGUAGUGCUUGUGUUUCAUUCGUGGUCAGUAAAUGGGCUGCGUUCCGUCUAAAGGAAGAAGGCAGUUCCCUGGCUACGAGGAUCCUGUUUUCCUUGCUGCACAAACGACCUUUAGUGUCAGCGAAGUUGAAGCUUUAUUUGAGCUUUUCAAAAGCAUCGGCAGUUCAGUAGUAGAUGAGGGGAUAAUAAACAAGGAAGAAUUUGUGUUGGCUCUUUUCAAGAACAGGAAGAAAGAAAACCUCUUCGCGAGCCGGAUCUUUGAUCUAUUUGAUGUGAAGCAUAAAGGAGUUCUUGAUUUCGGGGACUUUGUUCGAGCACUCCAUAUAUUCCAUCCAAGCGCGCCUUUGGAAGACAAGAUAGUUUUUUCAUUUAAGCUGUAUGAUUUAGAUAAUACGGGCUUCAUCGAGCGACAAGAGGUUAAGCUAAUGUUGUUAGCACUUCUGGGUGAAUCUGAAAUGAAAUUGGCUGAUGAAACGAUCGAGGCGAUACUCGAUAAGACAUUUCUGGAAGCUGAUACGAACCAAGAUGGGAAGAUCGACUUGUCGGAGUGGCAUUCUUUUGUUUUGAAGAACCCGUCGUUGUUAAGGAUCAUGACACUUCCUUAUUUGAGGGAUAUAACGACAGCAUUCCCAAGUUUUGUGUUCUAUUCGGAGGUUGAUGAGGCUGCUGCUUGAAGAAAGUACAUAGAAACAGAAGAAUUUUAGACAUUUUUUUGGAAUGUUGUAUCCGUAGGCUUUGGGAGAAGUCCUUGUCCGAGCAUCAAAAGAAAUUAGUGUGGGGGCUCGGCUACUUGUAAAGCAUCUUUCAUGUCUUCUAAUUUUGCAGAUAUUAUUUCAUUUUAAAAAAUAUGCAUUUUUUCUUUU